CGCGGGCUCAGGAGCCGUCUCCGCCGCCGCCGCCGCCGCCGUUCGGGCAUGUCGUCCAACUGCACCAGCACCACGGCGGUGGCGGUGGCGCCACUCAGCGCCAGCAAGACCAAGACCAAGAAGAAGCAUUUCGUGUGCCAGAAAGUGAAGCUGUUUCGGGCGAGCGAGCCGAUCCUGAGUGUCCUGAUGUGGGGGGCCAACCAUACGAUCAAUGAGCUCAGCAAUGUUCCAGUUCCUGUCAUGUUAAUGCCAGAUGACUUCAAAGCCUACAGCAAGAUCAAGGUGGAUAAUCAUCUCUUCAAUAAGGAGAACCUACCCAGCCGUUUUAAGUUUAAAGAGUACUGCCCCAUGGUGUUCAGAAAUCUCCGGGAGAGAUUUGGGAUUGAUGAUCAGGACUACCAGAACUCUGUGACACGCAGUGCCCCCAUCAACAGUGACAGUCAGGGCCGAUGUGGAACACGUUUCCUCACCACCUACGAUCGUAGAUUUGUCAUCAAGGCUGUGUCAAGUGAAGACGUUGCAGAGAUGCACAACAUCCUAAAGAAAUACCACCAGUUCAUAGUGGAGUGUCAUGGAAAUACCCUUUUGCCCCAGUUCCUGGGCAUGUACCGCCUGACUGUGGAUGGUGUGGAGACCUACAUGGUGGUCACCAGGAAUGUUUUCAGCCACCGGCUGACUGUACACCGGAAGUAUGAUCUCAAGGGAUCCACUGUCGCCAGGGAAGCAAGUGACAAAGAAAAGGCCAAGGACUUGCCGACCUUCAAAGACAACGAUUUCCUCAAUGAAGGACAGAAGUUGCAUGUAGGGGAAGAGAGUAAAAAGAAUUUCCUGGACAAGCUUAAACGAGAUGUAGAGUUCCUGGCCCAGCUUAAAAUCAUGGACUAUAGCCUUCUGGUGGGCAUCCAUGAUGUGGAUCGGGCAGAGCAGGAGGAAAUGGAAGUGGAGGAGCGGGCAGAGGAUGAGGAAUGCGAGAAUGAUGGGGUGGGCGGCAACCUGCUCUGCUCCUACGGGACACCCCCUGACAGCCCUGGGAAUCUCCUCAACUUUCCCCGAUUUUUUGGCCCUGGGGAAUUUGAUCCAUCUGUGGAUGUUUAUGCCAUGAAGAGCCAUGAAAACGCCCCUAAGAAGGAGGUAUAUUUCAUGGCCAUCAUCGACAUCCUCACACCCUACGAUGCCAAGAAAAAAGCUGCACAUGCUGCCAAAACAGUGAAACAUGGGGCUGGGGCAGAAAUUUCAACAGUGAACCCUGAGCAGUACUCUAAGCGCUUCAAUGAAUUCAUGUCCAACAUCCUGACAUAAUCAUCGUCUGCCUUCAACCGGAACCAGAGUGCUGGGGUGGGAUCUGAAAAGGAUAGGAGGAACAGGUGGAGAGUGGAGGUGUGGGGAGAGAGGUGAACUUUAGAGGAGAGACUAAACAGCCUGCAACACUGAAAUGA